UUCCAGGAUGUAGCUGUGGACUUCACCCGGGAAGAGUGGUGGCUGUUGAGCCACACUCAGAGGAUGCUGUACAGGUGUGUGAUGCUGGAAAACUAUAGCAACUUGGUCUCCCUAGCAGAUGCAAAGCCAGAAAUUCAACUUGGUUCCUCCUCUGCUCUGGACUUCUGCCGUUGGCAACGCCAACACAGGCUACACGAUCAUUGCUUUCCAAUCUGCCCAGGCUUGCUAGCAGGCACUCUCUGCCCAGCCUACCAUAAACAGCAGCAGCAGCAAUCACUCUCUUAUGAAGGUUUCUGCAAUGACAGAGUGAAAGACAAUGACAGAGAAGAAGGCUCCAAAUCAUUUCUGGAGAGGACAAGGAGGAGGUUCACCUCCAGAGCUUUCUUCAGCCCACCUGAUGGACAGCUGAUAAGCUUGAGGGAAGGCAAGACAGUGGUGGAAAUAAAGCUCAGCUCAGCUGAGAAGGCAAACCAUUUAGAAACAGAGAAAGUAUUAAAAUGGGUAGGUUUCUCAGGAUUUGAAGUAGCGAAUUGUGGAAAUUGUGGGCUAGGCUUUAGCCAGAAAUCAGCCCUCUUUGUUCAUCAGAGGAGCGACUCAGGAGGAAAGCCUUAUUUUUGCAGUGAGUGUGGUCGAAGUUUCAGCUAUAAAUCAGCUCUCAUCACACACGAGAGAUCACAUACAGGGGAGAAGCCUUACAUCUGCACAGAAUGUGGGCAAGCCUUUAGCCAGAAAUCUAACCUAGUCACCCACAAGAUGGCCCACUCUGGGGAGAGGCCUUUCGCGUGUGAGGAGUGUGGACGAAGCUUUAGCCAGAAGUCAACUCUCAUCAGACACCUGAGGACACACUCGGGGGAGAAACCCUUUGUGUGCCAGGAGUGUGGGCGGGGCUUUCGGGAUAAGUCAAACCUUAUCACCCACCAAAGGACCCACUCAUGGGAAAAGCCUUAUGUGUGUAGGGAUUGUGGGAGGCUUUUUAGAGACAAAUCAACUCUCAGCAAACAUCAGAGAAUUCAUUCAGGGGAGAAUCCACAUUUGUGCCCUGAAUGUGGCCGGAGCUUUAGUCAGAAAUCGUACCUCAUGAAACACAAGAGGACACACUCAGGAGAGAAACCUUUUGUGUGUCAGGAGUGUGGACGAGGCUUUAGUGAUAAGUCAAACCUUACCACACACCAGAGGACACACUCAGGAGAGAACCCCUAUAUGUGUGCAGAGUGUGGUCGAGGGUUUAGUGUUAAGUCAGCUCUUAUGACACACCAAAGGACUCACUCUGGAGAAAAGCCUUACAUGUGCCAAGAAUGUGGGCGUGGCUUUAGACAUAAGUCAACUCUUGUUGCACAUCAGAGGACGCACUCAGGAGAGAAGCCUUUUGUGUGUGGGGAAUGUGGGCGAGGCUUUAGACAGAAGUCACAUCUCAUCAGUCAUCAGAGGACACACUCUGGGGAGAAGGCAUAUGUCUGCCCUGAGUGUGGGCAAGCCUUUAGCCAGAAAGCAAAUCUAGUCAGGCAUAAGAUGGCCCACUCAAGGGAGAAGCCCUUUGUGUGUAGGGAGUGUGGGAGAGGCUUUACCCAGAAGUCAGCUCUCAUAAGACAUCACAGGACACAUUCUGGGGAGAAGCCUUUUGUGUGCCAGGAGUGUGAGCGGGGCUUUAGUGAUAAGGCAACUCUCAGCACACAUCAGAGAACACACUCAAGGGAAAAACCCUAUAUUUGCAGUAAGUGUGGGGAAGGCUUUAGGCUGAAAUCGCUCCUUGCUAGACACCAGAGGACACAUCUCUUGUAAACAAGCUUCAUGCACAAGAUGUGUAAGCAAGGCUUUAGUAAUAGGUCACGAAUCGUACCUCAUCAUGCAAGAAGAGAUAACUUUAGGGGAAAUCUCAUGUUGUCAAGGGAUACAAAAGAGAAUUAUAAAGAGGAAGAUACUGCAGAUUGGCUCGUUACAUACGGACUCUGA